UCUAAAACGAUUGCGAGAUACCUCUUUUUAAAUUUGUCCAGAUCUCUUCAAAUGCAAUUUGAGAUCUCUCUCUAAAACGACUGAGAGACAUCUUGGGUUUAAUUUCAUUUUCGUGGAGUCGUUUCAAAGGCGACGCUGAUCCACAGUUGUUAAGGAAGCAGGAAAUAGCAGUGAAAAUUCAAAUAUAGGCGGAGAUGGCGUCUCCUGGACGGACGACACCAAAACAGGAGGAUGAGGAGGAGCAGAAAAAACAGCCGGAGGAAGGCAGGAGAAGCAGCCCCCCGGCCCCGACCCCCCCUCACGUGUCAGAGAGCAGCUCUCAGGAGGUUGUGGAGGGGCAGCAGCAGUCUGGAGAGAGGCAGGAUGAUCCGGGGGCCUCCUCCCCCCCUCCUGGCAUGACGAGACGGAAGAGCAUGAGCCCACCUCCCAACCUGUCUGGGAGCAGCUCUCAGGACGAGGAGCAGCCCGGACCCUCCACUGAUCCUGGGAAGAGGAAGAGAGGCGCCAGCCCCCCUUCUCCUUGUCCUCCUCCUCCUGUUCCUCCUCCUGGCCAGAGUGGAGAGACCAGGAACAGAGAAGACUUCUUAAAAUAUUUCUGUCGGCUCUCGCUGGACCCCGACACGGCUCAAAGAAACCUCCAGCUCUCUGCAGACGGCAGCAGCGUGUCGUGGGGGAGGCAGCUGCAGCCGCACCCCGAUCUCCCGCAGCGCUUCCACACGGUGCCCCAGGUCCUGUGCAAGGAGGGCCUGUCCGGGGCUCGCUGCUACUGGGAAGUGGAGUGGACUGGAGACUGGGUUCUCAUCGGAGUCGCCUACGCUGGGAUCGGCAGGAAAGGCUGGGCUGGGGACUGCGUCAUCGGGGGCAGCGACCGGUCCUGGAGCCUGGACUGGGACGGGACCACCUACACCGCCUGGCACCGGAACCAGGAGACGGAAAUCGCCGCCCCCUACUGCCCCAGGAUAGCGGUGGACCUGGACUACCCGGCCGGGACGCUGUCGUUCUACAGCGUCUCCCCGGAGCGCUCCACGCUGACCCUCCUGCACGCCUUCCGUGCCACCUUCACGGAGCCGCUCUACCCCGGGUUCAAGCUGUGCCACGACUCCACCAUCACCCUCUGCCAGCCCGAACCGGAGAGCUAGGGUCGCCCUGGUACUGGCUCCGGGUUCAAAUCCCGGCAGGGCCACCGGCUCGCUGUGUGUGUGCGUAUGUGCGUAUGUGCUUGUGUGUGUGCU